AUGGAGGCUGAGGCGGAGGUGACCACGCUGUCGCUGGCGCUGUCCAACUGGACGACGGCGGCGUACAGCCGCAACCGCAACGUGGAGGGCGCCGCCUUCUGCUGGCUCGUCGGCUGCUACUCGCUGCUCAUCGUGCUGGGCGCCGCCGGCAACUCGCUCGUCGUCUGCGCCGUGGUGCGCAAGCGCGCCAUGCGCACAGCGCGCAACCUCUUCAUCGUCAACCUGGCCGUCUCAGACCUGUUGCUCUGCCUCGUCACCAUGCCGCUCACGCUCAUGGAGAUCCUCACCAAGUACUGGCCGCUCGGCCGCGAGCCCGUCGUCUGCAAGAUGCUCGGCACCCUGCAGGCGACGAGCAUCUUCGUGUCGACGAUGAGCAUCACGGCGAUCGCCUUGGACCGCUACCACGUGAUCGUGUACCCGACGCGCGAGAGCCUCAAGAAGGUGGGCGCGGCGGCCAUCCUGUCCCUCAUCUGGCUGCUGUCGCUGGUGCUGGCGUCGCCCAUGUUCGUGUGGCGCUCGCUGGACCAGCACGAGCUCAACCUGCCGGGCCUCCAGUACGUCUCCUACUGCGUCGAGAAGUGGCCCGUGGCGCACGGCCGCGCCUACUACUCGGCUUUCUCGCUCGUUUUCCAGUACCUGCUGCCAAUCAUCACCGUCACCAUCGCCUACUCGCGCAUCUGCAGGAAGCUCCGCUACAGGUACGUGAAUCCCGCGUCGAUGGUGUCGCGGUGCGGCAGCACGCCGGGCACGUCUGCAGCGAACGGACGGGGCGCCGGGGGCGGCGCUGGAGGCGCUGCUGGGGGCGGUGCUGGCGGCGGAGGCGGGCUGCAGUACGCGGCGUCGACGCGCGCCCGCAAGGGCAAGGACGACCGGCGCAUGCGGCGCACCAACGCGCUGCUCUACUCCAUCGCGCUCAUCUUCUGCGUCAGCUGGCUGCCGCUCAACAUCUUCAACCUCGUCGUGGACGUGUGGAACCCGUUCAGCGGGUCGCAGGCGAUGCUGGUGACGUACGCGGUGUGCCACAUGAUGGGCAUGUCGUCGGCGUGCUCCAACCCGCUGCUGUACGGCUGGCUCAACGACAACUUCCGCAAGGAGUUCCUGGAGAUCGCGGCGGCGCUGUGUCCGUGCGCGCCAGCCGCCCAGGCCGCGGUGCGAGAGCGCGUCGGCUCCCUGCGCUCCAGCCUCGCCGGCCGGGGGCGGCUGGUGGUAUGCAGGCUGGUAACAUGUAAGCUGGAAACUUGUGGAAUAAUAGCAUGUGGGCUGGGUGGGUAUGGGCUGGCAGUGAGGAGAGUGCUGGUAGUGCUGGAAACUGAAGAACUGGCACUAGGGCAGGUGUUGACAGAUGAGGGCACAUCAAAGCAGGAGUUUCAGGACUUGGAUGCAGCUGCAAUAGAGCAGGAGAUUCCAGAGCAACAGGAGACAGAGAAGGAAGCUUUGGAGAUAGAGACAACAGAGCAGCAGACUCUGGAGCAGGAGCACCAGACCAGGUGGCACUGGAGAAGAGGGCAACAGAGCAGGGAUGGUGGAGGUUUUGACAGGUUCACAGGGCUGGAAUGGCAGGAGCCAGAGGCGCAGGAACUGGGGUCGCUGGAGAAGGUGGCGACAAAGCUAGAAGCAUGGUAG